AUGCUUGAGGCGAGGACAAUUUCUGACUCCAGCGAUGUUGGCGCUGCGGGAGGGGAGGGAAUGCAGGAUGCUCGUUUUCCUCGAGAGCAGACAGAUCCUUUCCAAGCCAGUCCCUCCAGUCCCUCUCUUCCACCUGCUCAGCAGCAGCAGAAGCAGCAGCAGCAGCAACAGCCAGGUUUUACGUCAGCAGCCGCGGCAACAAGCUCGGAAGAUCAUCCCGAGGCGCAACCCCGACCUGCAGGUGGCUCAGCGUCCGAACCAGCAAUCGGCGGCUCGGGGACGGGCGACUCUGCUGUUGGUUCGGCAUCCAAGCCUCGGGUGGCGAAGAAGCCACACCACCGGAAUGUGAUUGACCAGAAGCUGCAACAGGAAAUAGUCGCUCUGAAGCAGGCUCACCCUGUGCUCACCAGCGCGCAUAUCGCGCGCGCGGUUUCGAAGCUGUACGGAGUGCCAGUGAAAGAAUCGCAGGUGGAGAUGAUUAUAUUGCGGUCCACUGUAGACCGGAGCGUGCAGAGCGACUGGACGAGGUGGCGGCGUACGCGUUAUAAGAACCCGCCGCUGGAGGAGGCGCUCGUGCAGUGGGUGCGAGAGAGGAAGCGCGAGGAGGAGCGCGAUCCGAUGAGAGAAAUUAAAGGGGUUAAGAAGCAACUUUCGGUCAAGGAGAUGCGGGAUUAUGCGAUGAAAUUGGGGCCGUCGCACGGCGUGCCUGACGUCUUUAAGUACAGCAAUCACUGGAUUCAGAAGGUUCUAGAAGAAAACGGGUUGAAUAAGAAGGGAGAGGAGAUUAGUAGGACGGGAGGUGAAGGUUCGGGGAAUGAUGACGGUGUGGGCAGUGGAGCAGGUUUGGGGGAAGGUGGUGCUGGCGGAUUGGACCGAGGCGGGAGCCCAGGCUUGGAGAAGCCAGGCUCGGAGAAGCCAGGCUCGGAGAAGCCCAAGCCGAAGCGUCCUUUGGUUCGGAACGAGAUCCCGUUUGAGCUCCAGCUUCGGUACGAGGUUGCUGUGGUCAAGCGCGCUCGGCCGCACUUAGAGAAUAGAGUGAUCGCUGCUGCUAUUAGGGCUAAGUACGGAGUGGAAAUGACCCCGAGAGCGAUAAGGAAGAUUGGGGAGGAGAGUGAUAAGUGGUUUAGGCUGGCGGCAGGAGUGGUAUCAGAUCCUGACCAAUCACGAAUGGAGGAGGCUUUAGCGGAGUGGGUGAUUAAAGAGGAGGAGACGGAGAAGAGGGAGGUGACUAUAGAGGAGAUUAUAGCAAAGGCGAAGGAGAUAGGGCCGGGGUAUAAGGGGCGAGAGGAGCGGGAGGAGAGGGAGGCGAUGAUGAUGAUGACUGGUUUGAGAGAGAAUUCGGGGGGCGAGGGGGAGGAGGAGGAGGAGGAGGAGGAGGAGGAGGAGGAGGAGGAGGAGGAGGAGGAGGAGGAGGAGGAGGAGGAGGAGGAGGAGGAGGAGGAGGAGGAGGAGGAGGAGGAGGAGGAGGAGGAGGAGGGGGAGGAGGAGAAGGAGGACGACGACGAGGAGGUGGAGGUGGUGACCAGGCAGGGAGGGCAGGGGGAUGAGGACAAGGAAGGAGAGGAGUGGGGAGGCGAGGAGGAGGCGGGGGAGGAAGAGGGGGAUGGUGGUGCAGGGGAGGAGAGGGAUGGUGGAUUAGUUAGUUUUGUAAACCUGCAGAUGCGAACAGUAAAUCGUGCUGCCAGGCAGGUGUUAUGUGAGUCGGCAGGGGCAGGAGGCGCGGGUACAGUGGCGGGGCGGGGAGCUGGUGCUGUCAUCACCCUCACAGCGGAGGGGGAAGCACUGGAUGAGGACAGCAGUGAGGGAGAAGAAGCAGAAGGAGGCACAGAAGAAGGCGCAGUGGAGCUUGUCGUACUGGAUGGGGAUGAUGCAGGCGAGAAGGGAGGCUGCUCUGUUGAUGCAGCCCCCAAGGCACCCGCAGGUGUCUCUUCCCCUGUGCCCAUCGUUCUCGCCCUGGCCGCCCCCAACGAUCCCAAUGCCCCCGCCACGCCCCCCACCACAACCCUUCCCACCUCAUCCCAAGCUGCCCUGGCCUCUCAAGCUGCCAUGGCUUCUCAGGCCAUGAAACCCCUCAAUUCCUCCCUAGUUGGCCGGGCUUUCCCCAAUACCACAGAAAAGGCACCGAAUUCCGAUGCUUCUUCUGGAAAAGCUUUUCCCGAUCCGAAGCGCUGCACGGUUAGGGAGCUAACGGUGGGUCAGAAGCGCGCGUUCUGCCUCGUGCGCCACGCCCUGCCGAACCUGCGCCGAACCAACAUCUACGAGCUCGCCAAGGCUGCGCUGCCGGCUUGGGGAGCGCGCGUGUCGUUUGAUACUGUAAGGUGUGUGGUGAGGGACAGCUGGUGGUGGCUGAGGAUUCCACGGGGGAAGGAGGAGGAGAUGAAGAAUAAACCAAGGAAAAAGAGGAGGACUAGGAAAGAGAAGGGCACAGGGCAGUGCGCGAAGCUGGAAGAGGCGUUGUGGAAGUGGAUAGAGGGGAUAGGAGCAGCGGAGUUGGUGACAAAAGGAAGGGUGAAGGAUAGGAUAAGUAUGGCCAAGGAGCUAGGACCGACUCUGGAUGCUCCUCUUGGAUUUAAUUACUCGGAGUCCUGGGUGCGGAGGGUUGUAGGGCGGUUCCAGGCGAGGGCGAGGGGUGAGGGGGGGGGGCGAGCGGAGGGGGUGGAUGGGGAUAGGGUGGAGGGUGGGGAGGAUGAGGAGGGAGAGGAUGGGGAUUGGUCGGAUGAGGAUUCGUAUGGUGAUGGGGAGAGUGAUGAGGAGAGUGAUGAGGGGGAGGAGGAGGAUGAGAGUAACGAGGGUUCAAGUGAGGAUGAUGAUGUGGUGGAGGUGGGAGGAGGAGGUGAAGGGAGGAAGAAGAGAGGGCGGAGCGGGGAGACAGCAGGGCGGGAGUCGGAGCAUGCAAGGGGUGGGAAACGGGGAAAAAUCGCCACACCUUCGGGAGACAUACAAGUUUCUGCUGCUGCUGCUGCUGCUACUGCCGCCGCUCCUUGUGCCGGGGCUGAUCAGGAUCCGCACCGGUAUGCGCUGCACAAGUGGGCGGACGAUCCGGACCUUUCCAGCCUCAUGCGGAGCGUGCUCGGGCCAGACUGGCUCACACAGUGCACCCGAAGAGGCGGCAUUGCGUACGAGAAUGACGGCAGCUUGACUGCUGAUGCUGCUGUCGCCGACUGCCGCCCUCCCCGCCGUCGCCGUGCGGUUGCUACAGGCGCUGUUGCUACUGCUGCUGCUGCUGGAGCUGCUGGGUUCAGCAGUUCUCCGGCUGGUGCGGCCGGUGGCCGUACCGUUAUGUACCGUUAUGAACUGCAUGGGGAUUCAUGGACAGCUGUCGCUGCUGGUGCUCGAGUCACAAGGAGCCAGGCUUUCGCAAAAACAGCAAGAGGAGGAGGAGGAGGAGGAGCGGGUGUAGCAGGCACGGCAGGUGUCAAAGGUAUAGCAGGCAAAGCAGGUGUGACUGGCACAGCAGGGGGCACAGCAGGGGGCUGGGACACAGCAGGGGGCUGGGACACAGCAGGGGGCACAGCAGGGGGCACAGCAGGGGGCACAGCAGGGGACUGGUACACAGCAGGAUCUCCACUCAAUUUCCAGCAGCUCAACCUGCCCCGUCCGCACCACUUGCGUGUAACCCCAGAGCACACCGGCCAUUCACCCCACUCCCACACGUAUGGCUUCGCUUCUCAAACACAACCUGCUGCUGCCACUUCACCUGCUGCUGCUGCUGCUGCUGCUGCUGCACAUGGUGUUGGGCCGGCAGCAGGAGGGGCGGCUGCAGCUGCAGCACUGCUUGCAGCAGCUCUGGGCGCUGGUGGUGCUGCUGCUGGUGGUAUAGCCAGUGCUUUGGGUGGUGGUUUUGGUGGGUUCGGUAACGCUGCUGGUGGUGCUGGUGCAAGCGGUGGUGGUUUGGCCAAUGCAGGCAAUCUGGGAGCCCUGGUGAACGCGAGCGCAGGUCAAGGCUCAGGAGCUGGUAACCAGCAGCUGCUGCUGCUGCUCACUCUCUUGGCUGCACAGGCAGCAGGAGGAGGUGCCGGAGGGGGCGUGGGAGGGGGUGUGGAAGGGGGUGUGGGAGGGGGUGUGGGAGGGAGUGUGGGUUUAGGUUUUGGAGGAGCAGGAGGGGGAGACAAGUAUGGGUCGGAGGCAGGAGGACAACGUGCGUCGUUUGAGAGUGCUUGGCAUGUGCUGGUGGGUGCGGGAUCAGGUGGUGAGAGUGGGGAUGGAGACGGGAAGAGGAGGGGUGAAAGACGGAGUGUGAGGGAGGUGGCCGGCAGAAAGCGGGCGGCAGAAGUGAUUGAGCUUUCAGAUGAUGACAAAGAGGAGGAGCAGGGAUCAGAUGAUGAUGUGGUUGAGGUGAGGGGGGGUGGAUGGGGGAAAGAUGAGGAGGAGGAGGAGGAGGGGGAGGAGGAUAACACCCAGGGGCUGGGUGGGAUCCUGCAUGUCAGAAGGAACCUCAGGAGAAGCGGCACAGGUGCAGCAGGAUCGGCCGGAGCUGCUGUCAUUUCAAGCAUUCCGAGCCAUUUGAGCAAUCAGAGCAACCCACUUAUUCCGGGCCAGUCACUGGCUCUGGUGACGCAGGCUGCAUCUGGGGCGGGCUUACCUCUUCCCGCCUCAGUCACGCAGGAACGGGCUGCUGCUGCCCUUGCUGCCGCCAUUGCAGCUGCUGCUUCCGUGGCCCGCGGUGACUCCCCCAACGUUGCUGCUUACAACGCUACUGCUGCUGCUGGUACACGCAGUGGUGGGGGUGCUGGGUGGGGGGGUGCUGCUACUAGGGGAGGGAUCGGUGGUGGGUCUGGUGGCGGGUUGGCUGGUGGUGCUGCUGCAAUGGGAGGUGCUGGUUUUGGGCAGUUACUGGGUGCAAUUAGUGCUGGUGUAAUGCGGAAUGUUGGUGGGAUGGUAAAUGCUGGUGGAAUGGGUAGUGGAGGUACUAGUGGACUGUUUAACGCCCACGGACCGGGCAAUGCUGCUUUAGGGCAGCCAUACUUCUCCCCGUAUUAUCCUCCCCAGUUCUAUUCCGGCUUCAGAAAUGCUCCUGCUGCUGCUCCCGCUCCUGCUCCUGGUUUUCCCUCUGCUCCUGCUGCUGCUGCUGCUGCUGCGGCGUCUCCUGCUGCUGCCUUUGCUGCUGCCGCCACUGCUGCUGCUGCUGGGGCUCAGAUCGGUGGGGGUGGUAAUGCGAUUUCGGCUGCUGGUCGGGCUGCUGGUGCUGCCAAUUGGGACCGUUUCGUGCAGCAAGUGCAGCAGCAGGGGCAGUGGCAGCAGCAGCAGCAGCAGCAGCAGCAGCAGCAGCAGCAGCAGCAACAGCAACAGCAGCAGCAGCAGGAACAGCAGAAGCAGAAGGGACAGAAGCAGCAACGAAAGCAGAAGCAGAAGCAACAGCAGCAGCAGCAGCAGACAGGUGGUUCUGGGUAUAGAGCUUCCCUUCUGCAGCAGCUAGAGAAGAUGCACAAGCAGCAGCUGCAGCUCAUAGAUGCACCUGCCAAAGAUGCACCUACUGCCACAGAGGCACCUGCUACAGCACCACCUGCUACAGGCGCUUCUCCUGAAUCGCUUGUGGCUGAAACCAAAGCAGCUACAGCCGCUUCACCAGCGGCCAUAGCCACAUCACCUAAUUCACCAGCAACUGGGACCACAAAUGCCUCAGUAGUGCCUGUAGCAGCUACAGCCGCAUCACCUGACUCACCAGAGACGGGGACCAAAGCUGCUACAGCCGCAUCCCAAGCAACCGCAGCCGAAUCACCUGAUUCACCAAUUGCUGAAACCACAGGUGCUUCAGUAGUGCCUGUAGCAGCUACAGCCGCAUCACCUGACUCACCAGAGACGGGGACCAAAGCUGCUACAGCCGCAUCCCCAGCAACCACAGCCGAAUCACCUGAUUCACCAAUUGCUGAAACCACAGGUGCUUCAGUAGUGCCUGUAGCAGCUACAGCUGGCUCACCUGAAUCACCAGGGGCUGGCAUCACAGGUGCUGAGGUGGAUGCAGUUGAAAGCACCAUCAGCAAGAUCCUUGGAGGGAAGGAUUCUGACGCGCCUGUAGCCGCUACAGCCGGUGGUGGCAAUGUACCUGCACUCGAAUCAGAUAGGAAUGCGGUUGUAGCUGCAGGUGCUGAGGCUGAUGCAGUUGAAAGCACCAUCAGCAAGAUCCUUCGAGGGAAGGCUUCUGACACGCCUGUAGCCGCCACAGCUGGUGAAAACAUACCUGCUACAACCAUGGAUCAGGCUGUAGCCGCUACAGAAGGUGAUAAGACACACGAAGAUGUUGGCCCACAGCAGUCCAGAGCAACAGCUACGGAUGAGAUGGAAGUGGAUGGUGUUGCUGCUGCAGCGGGUGAGCCAAGAGAUGCCACAGCAGCUACAGCAGCUACAGCUGGUGAUGAUACACAUGAAGCUGUUGGCCCACAGCAGCCCAGAGCAAUAGCUACGGAUGAGAUGGAAGUGGAUGAUGUUGCACUUACAGCUGAUGAGGCAGGGGAUGCUGCAGCAGCUACAGCUGGUGAGACAGGGGAUGCCGGAGCAGCUACAGCCGGCGAGGCAGGGGAUGGCACAGAAGCUACAGCCGAUGAGGCAGGGGAUGGCACAGAAGCUACAGCCGGUGAGGCAGGGGAUGGCACAGAAGCUACAGCCGAUGAUGGUGCUGCUGGUGAUGGUGCUGCUGGUGAUGGUGCUGCAGGUGAUGGUGCUGCAGGUGGUGGUGAUGCAGGUGGUGGUGCUGCAGGUGGUGGUGCUGCAGGUGAUGGUGCUGCAGGUGAUGGUGCUGCAGGUGGUGGUGCUGCUGGUGAUGCUGCUGCUGAAGGAGGUGGAGAUGGUGCUACAGGUGGUGGUGCUACAGACGAUGGGGAGUCAAAAGCAAUUGCGCCGAUGCAUGUGGGAGGCAAUGAGUACGAGGCAAAGGACGCAAUGGAUGAGGAUGGAGGGGGAGGAGAUGAUACAGCAGGUGAUGGUGGGGAGUCAAGAGGAGAGGAUGCCACAAAUGAUGUUCCACCUCAGCAUGUUGAAGUACGGUACAUGUUAAAGCCAGCAGCUAAAAUAGUGACCCCCCCCUUCUAG